UUCCGGUCGGGCCGAAGCGUUGUGCUUCCGGGGCGGUUCGUGGCUGCGCGGCAACUCCAGACAGGAGGGAGAGAAGCGAGCGAGUCCGGGGGAGUUUCGGGUUUCCUUUCCGCCAUGAGCUUCUUGAAGCGCCUCCCGGAGCCCGUCGAAGGGGUGCGGCUGCGGCAGCCGGACACGGAGGCCGUGCUCGGAGGCCGGGGCCUGGGCACCGGCUGCCUCUACGUCGCCGAGAGCCGUCUAUCAUGGAUAGAGACCUCCGGCCUUGGGUUUUCGUUGGAAUAUCCGACCAUAAGCUUGCAUGCCAUCUCCCGGGACCUGAAUGCCUAUCCGUGGGAACAUUUGUAUGUCAUGGUAAAUGCCAAAUUUGAAGCUGACGAAUGUAAAGAAGGCCCCAUCGGAGAAAAGGAUGAGGAGGAGGAAGAAGACAGCGAUGAGGAGCUUCAGCCGAUUUCUGAAUUCAGAUUUGUACCCAGUGACAAGGCGGCCUUGGAAGCCAUGUUCUCUGCCAUGUGUGAAUGCCAGGCCCUUCAUCCUGACCCAGAAGAUGAAGAUUCUGACAACGAUUAUGAAGGCGAUGAGUAUGAUGUGGAGGCGCAUGAAAUGGGCCAAGGUGAUAUCCCCUCGUUCUACACGUAUGAGGAAGGCUUGUCACAUUUAACGGCAGAGGGCCAGGCUACUCUGGAGAGGCUGGAAGGCAUGCUGGCCCAGUCCAUCAGCACUCAGUACCACAUGGCCGGGGUACGGACGGAAGAUUCGGUCAAAGAUUUUGAAGACGGAAUGGAGGUGGACACAGUGGCCCCGGCUGUCGCUGGACAGUUUGAAGAUGCCGAUAUAGAUCAUUGAGGAGGAUGUGAGCAGCUAUUCUUCUCUGUGCAUUUCCAGAACAGGCCACUUCUCCAGAUUAGAAGACGUUUCAGCAGGAAUUACCCUUUCUGUAUUAAAUGGCCUGAACACAGGAGUUUUAGGUCUGUAAAUGCUUUUAUAGAAAUGCUUAUAAAAAGGAUUUGAUGCUGUGGCUUGGUUUUAUAUAUAUGUAUGUAAAAGAACAAUAUAGUACCUUGGAUUUGACCAUAGGAUGAAUCAUGGUUUAUUACUGGAAGGGCCUUUACAGGAGUGCUAGAGAUUAAGGAAUACAGUGGUAUUUAGAACAGAAUUCUAGAUUGUCCUAGAAUUUUCCUUAGAGAUGGGGGCUUUGUAUUUGUAGACAAAUGCGAAGCCGAAAGGCACAGGCGUUUGUCUUAAUUACCUCCCACCCCAGAACCCACUGGUCGACUUACAGUGCAGCGUGUGCGGCUGCCAUCAUCAUCAAUGCACCAAUUGGAGCAGUAGCCCGGCUACCGCAGCCCCAUCUCCCUGCUCACCCCCCCACUCCCCGGCUGAAUGGGGAGAGUCCUGUCACCCCCUUGCUGGAGGGGCAGGGAGACGAGGCUGCGAUAGCUGGGCUACCACUGCAAUUGACGCACUGAUGAUGACGCCAGCCAGGCAUGCCGUAAGUAGAAUACUACGUUCUGGAUGUGGGAGGUAAUCAAGACGGCCGCCUGUGCCGAUGGGCUUCCCCUAUUUCUAAUUUACCCCGCAUUUUUAUGCUUGUUUAUCCUCGGUUGACCACCUGAGACAAGGACAUCAUUGUGGGUUUAGCGAAAGAGAGAGGAAUGGUUGGGGGCUGCAAAUACAGUUUGAAGAGCCUUUCAAGCAAAUGGCAGUCCUCUUGUUGGGCGUGACUGUUUGUGACACAUGGGUGGUAGCUGUCCUGCUCCACAGCAAAAAGUCUUAGUGUGUUUUUGUUAUAAAUAGGAAUAAAAUGGUUCAAUAAAUAUACUUUUUGUAUGCUA